AUGCUGCCUGAAUCCAACCCAUUAUGUUUUCUGCCAGCGAGAGACUUAAAGUGCGCUGAGAUCUUCUCAAUCCCUGAAAACGGCAAAUGCCAAUUUAUAACUGCUGUAGUGAGUAACAUGGCAGGCAAGAAAAAAGAAAUACAGCUGCAGACAACAAUACUCAAUCAGACUCAGUGGGACGAAAUGUUGUUGGUUAAAGGUCUAACAGUAGUAGAUGUUUAUCAGGCUUGGUGUGGGCCUUGCAAAGCCGUGGUUACAUUGUUCAGAAAACUAAAAAAUGAAUACGGCGAAGACGACCUUCUACAUUUUGCUGUGCCUGAAUUUGAGGACUUUGUUGCAUUUAUGGUGAGCGGACCAAGUCACAUUCUGAUAGUUGCAGAAGGUAAAGAAGCUCCUGAUAUAAUGCCUCUUAUGAAAGAACUGGGUGGGGAGGAGACAGAGGAGGAGGAAGAAGAAGAGGAAGCCCUGCUUGAAACAGAGAAACAGGCGGACCAAGAGAUGUCAAAUUUAUGUGAAAUUCAUGAUACUGUUGAAGAAGCAAGCAGGCAACUGGCUUUCUUCUUCCCUGGUUUUUCGAAAAAGAAGACAGGCCCUGCUGUCGAAAGAACGUUGGCCUUAAUUAGACCCGCACUCUUAAGGGAAAGAAAGGACUCUAUUCUCAAGAGGAUCGAGGACGAUGGUUUUACGAUAGCAAUGCAAAAGGAAAUCAUUCUGUCCGAAGACCAAGCACGAGAGUUUUACAAGAUGCACGAAAAUGAAGAUUUCUUCCCAACACUCCUACAUGAAAUGACCAGUGGGCCAACUCUUGCGCUUGGAUUAGUGAAAGAAAAUGCAGUCGAAGAAUGGAGAAAAUUACUAGGCCCAAAGGCUGUUGAGGAAGCAAAGGAACACUGUCCAAACAGUUUGCGUGCCGAGUUUGCCAUUGACACUGCGCCUAUCAAUCAGCUGCAUGGCAGCUCUACUACCAAUGACGCAGAAAAGGAAUUAGAAUUCUUCUUCCCAGUGGAGCACACUUUGGCUGUUAUUAAGCCCUCAGCUCUCGCGGAACAUAAAGAUGACAUUCUAAAUGAGGCGAAAGAUGCCGGCUUCAUCCUGUCUGAAAUGCAAGAAACACACAUUAGUCCUGAGAUGGCAGCCCAGUUCUACAAAUCUCAAGAAGGGCAGCCCUAUUACCAGCAGCUUGUGGAUUACAUGUCCCAUGGCCCGUCAAUGGUGAUGAUUCUAACCAAGGAAAAUGCCGUGGAGGAAUGGCGAAAAUUAAUGGGGCCAACAGAUCCAGAAAAAGCCAAACAGACUGCUCCCGAGUCGUUACGUGCUCGAUUUGCUAAAGAUAUCUUGAGCAAUGCUGUCCAUGGAUCAUCAACUGCAGACCACGCGUUACAAAGCAUUGACUUCUUCUUUGGAGAUAUUGAUCUAGAGAGCCUCAAACACAAAUAUAUAUCGGGGUGGGGGAGAGAGAUUGAGCCGUCUACCAAUCUCUUGGAGGAGCGCCAGGUUGGCAAUGGCGCCCAGGUCCACCACCGGAAAGCCGGCGAGGUGCCCAAGUCUACCACCCGAAACCCGGUAAGGUACCCAAGUCUGCCACCUGAAGCUGGUGACGGUGACCAGGUCUACUGCCCAAAGCCGUGA